UGGCAACACUAGUACAAUCUCUCUUUUCCUUCUUUUCUUUCAAAAAGUCAAAGCCCUUUCCGGUUUAGUUCCUGGGGCUAGAAGCCGUAGUUUCGGUUUUUAUUAUUUUUAAUCGCCCGUAAUCCUUCAAAAUGAGAAUCUAUAAGGAUAUUAUUACCGGUGACGAGAUGUUCUCGGACACGUAUAAAGUCAAACUUGUGGACGAAGUCAUUUACGAAGUGACCGGUAAAUUGGAAACUAGAACACAGGGCGAUAUCAAAAUCGAGGGUUUCAACCCCUCGGCUGAGGAGGCGGACGAAGGAACAGACUCUGCCUGCGAGAGCGGUGUAGACAUAGUGCUAAAUCACCGUCUGGUAGAGUGCUUUGCCUUCGGAGACAAGAAAUCUUACACUUUAUACCUUAAAGAUUACAUGAAAAAAUUAGUAGCAAAAUUGGAAGAGAAAUCUCCAGACCAAGUAGAAGUAUUCAAGACCAACAUGAAUAAAGUAAUGAAAGACAUUCUAGGUAGGUUUAAGGAACUCCAAUUCUUCACUGGUGAAUCAAUGGACUGUGAUGGCAUGGUCGCCUUGAUGGAAUACAGGGAAAUUAAUGGCGUCGCCACACCCAUCAUGAUGUUCUAUAAACACGGUCUUGAAGAGGAGAAGUUCUAAGACACGUCUGAAAUAUAUCAAUAUCUAAAUAACAUUAUAACCAUCAAUGUCUUGAUGCUUAUAUAUACAAGUCUCUCUGUGCAUAAGCUUCUAAGUACAGCUUAAGUGAUAAUACUACAUACUUCCACACCAGAGCCUAAACACCAUUUUGUUUUUUUUUACUUAUUUAUUUACUCAAAUCAUGUCCGCUCAGCUCUGUUUUCAGCUUCGGCAACUCCCCAUCAAAGGCUGAACUUUUGUAAAGAAUUAAUGUUGCAUAUUAUUAAAUAAUUUAAUGAACAACUGAA